GAGAGCCUUAUGAAUGGGCAGAUAGAGAGAGAGAGAAAACCGUAUAAAGGGACAGCAAAAAGCCAAGGAGUCUGUUGCUCCAGACUCCAGAAGGCCAUUGCAAAGACAGAGAGAGAAAACCCUAAAAACCAUUACCCAGAAGAACAUUACACAAAGAGAGAAAGCCCCAAGAAGAUCAUUAGAGACAGAAAGAUGGAUGUUAUGACCAGGUUUAUCUCUCUAGACUCUCUUGGCUCUCUAGGCUCCCUCCUGGCCACUGUUGUCUUUUUAAGAGCAGUUCUCAGUGACUAUUUUCCGAACCAGGCGUUCUCAUAUCUGGGCUCAUACAUUGAGCAACGCUUUGCCUCUCUCUGGACCCAUCUCCUGGUGGAAGAAGUUACCAAUGGCUUCUCCGAUCCUCUCUUCCGAACCUUCCGGGCCUACUUUCUCAGUCGCUUCUCCGACUCAUCCCCGCUGCUCCGCCUCUCGAAACAGGUAAACUCAAAGAUCCACUCUCUCUCUCUAAACGAGUACAACUCCCUCGAUACCGCCUUCGAGGACGAGUUCGAGGGGGUUCGGAUCAGGUGGUCGGUUCUUGUGAAAGAAACUCCCGGCAACUCAAGGGAGCACCGCUGCCUGAAGCUGAGCUUUCGGAGCAAGUUCAAGGACCUAGUCAGAGAAUCGUAUCUGCCUCAUGUCGAGGAUGUUGGCCAGGCAUUGUUAGAGAGGGAAAAGUCGAGGAAGCUGUAUGCUAACAAGAUGGGUAGUGGGUGGUCCUCUGUUACAUUCGACCACCCGUCGACGUUCGAGACCCUCGCCAUUGAUCCUCACCUGAAAACACGAAUACUAAAUGACCUCGAUAAGUUUGUGGACGGCCGGGAAUUCUACGAUCGGAUCGGGAAGACAUGGAAGAGGGGCUAUCUCCUGUAUGGCCCUCCGGGAACCGGCAAGACCAGCUUGAUUGCAGCCAUAGCGAACCAUCUGGACUACGACAUCUACGAUCUUGAGCUGAGCUCGGUCCUGAGCAACACGGAACUGAGGUCUCUGUUGCAGGAAACGAGUGCCCGCUCGGUGAUCGUAAUUGAAGACAUCGACUGCUCUGUCCAGCUCUCGAACCGCACAGCCGGGUCCGAGAGGCUCGCAAAGCCCUUGGCGGAGGGCGAGGGCACGGGCUCGGCAGAGGGCUCGGCAGAGGGCUCGGCAGAGGGCCCGAGAGCGGGCUCGGCAGAGGGCCCGGCCAAAACGUUUGGGGUAAGCCUAUCUGGGGUUCUGAAUUUCAGUGAUGGGCUCUGGUCUUCCUGUGGAGGAGAGAGAAUUGUGAUUUUUACUACUAAUUACAAGGAGAGAUUGGACCCUGCUCUCUUGAGGCCAGGGCGCAUGGAUUUUCACAUUCAUUUAUCUUACUGCGGGGGAAAAGCUUUCAGAGUUUUGGCGAGGAAUUAUUUGGGGGAGGGGUUAGAUAGCGAAAGUUUGGUGGGGGAUCGGGUAGAGAGAGAGAGAUUGAUGGGAAAUGGGUUGGAGAGAGAAAGGGUUCUGGAGAUUUUAGAGAGAGAGAGGUUGAUGGAGGAGAUUGAUGGGUUGUUAGAGAGAGUGAAGGCGACACCUGCUGAUUUAGCGGAGGUUUUGAUGGGAAGAGAGGAGGAGGGAGGCGCAUUCGAAGCUUUGCAAGAGGUGGUGGUGAUGCUGAGAAACAGAUUGGUGGUGGAUCAGAGCGAGCGUUUGUGACUUUUGAGUUUUUCUUUCUUGCUUUCUUUCUUUUGGUCUUUUUCUCUCUCUCCCUCUCUGGUUUUGGUCUUCCUAUCUCUCUUGUUUCUGCCUUGCUCCCCCUUCUUUUGGUAUAUCUCUUUCUCUCUCUUGUUAUGGUGUUGUUGCUCUCUGUCUCUCUUGUUCUUGCGGGGACAACAACUGAAUACGGUGGUCACAUCGGAGGUUACAUCGAGCGCACGUAGUUUGGUGCGCCUCGCCUCGCCUCGCCUCGGGCAUGGGCCCUAAUUCCAUAAGUUUUCGUUAUGGUUUUUGUUUUUUCGGCUCUCUCUCUCUUCUGUGGCCCUAAACACCCUUUCUCUCUCUAACAUCUUCUUGACUGUUUACCCUUUCUUUCUUCUGAGGCCCUAAACACCCUUUCCCUCUCUCUAACAUCUUUUUUCUGACAUACUCCGCACUCUCUCCUCCCCCACUAAUUCCCCUUUCUGGCCAUGCGUAUAUUCUCUCUCUACUCAAACUUCAUCCCCAUUUUCCCUCCACAUAUCUCUCUCCAAGCCCUUUCCUCUCUCUCUUUCCACUUCUCUAUGUUAGUCGUUAAAUCCUUGAUGUCUACUCUCUCUCUCUCUCUCUCUCUAAAAGCAGCUUUUCAUUUUCUUUUCUACUUUUCAAGCUCUUGUGUGUAAUGUGUUUUUUAUACUGUGUGGCUAUGAAAGUGCAUGGAAAUAUCACCUUUUUGUGGACUUUUUUU